GGCGCGAUGGAGCUGGAGGCUGCGCGGUGUGUGGUGCUGGCCGCCGUGCGGGGCACGCGCGCUGCCGACCUGCCCCGCCUGCUGCACUGGAUGCGCAACACCAAUGACUUUGAUGAGCUUCUGGUGACUAACAAUGAUGUUGUGCUCAAAAAUAUCGCUGAAGAUUUGAGGAAUCGUUUACCUGUGGAGGCCAUGUUUAAUUCAGAACAUCAAGCUGUACAGAAAAUACACCAGCAUCCACUGCCCAUGAUUCAUGUUGAUGCAUUCCUUUAUGAUGAUGAUUUUGUUGAUUCAUUGUGUGAGGAGGGGAAAAUGAGUAGGAGCUACUGCACAGAAUGUGGCUCAUACAAGACUGCAUCUUUGGAGUUUAUUUCGCAUUCCUUUUCCCUCAUGGAACUGAAGUUUCUUUAUCAACAUGUACUGCCUGACCUGACAGGAAAGGUAGUGGUUGACGUUGGCUCCAGACUUGGUGCAGUGCUAUUUGCGGGUUAUCUUUAUAGCUCAGCGUCCCAACUGUAUGGAGUAGAAAUGAAUGCAGACUUUUGUCAGUUGCAAGAAAUGAUGAUUACAAAAUACGAGUUCAUUGACAGAAUUAAGGUGAUUCACGCAGACAUCUGUACUCAGGCUUCACUUCUUCAGAAGGCUGAUGUUGUUGUAAUGAAUAAUGUCUUUGAAUAUUUUCUUGACAGACAGGAACAGGCUAGAGCUUGGGAAUUUGUUGCUUGUAAUGUAAGGAAAAGAGGGUCCUUAUUAGUGACAGUUCCAAGCCUUACAGAAUCACUUUCAAAGGUCCAGACAGAUAUACAGCUUGGCCAAUGGGUUGAAGAGAUGCAGCUGAACUAUGAUAUGUAUGUGGAAAAGGAUGUUGACAGAGAAGCACUUGAACAAAUACAUUUAUACAAGAUUCUCUAGUAGCUGGAAGAAUUAACUAGUAUCCUUGUAAUAUCAUAUAUUUUGGGUCUAAAAUGAACUUGGAUUGUUUUGUAUGAAUAAAUCAGGUCAAAAUUCUCAUUGUGAUAAAGCUGGGUCAUAGCUGUGGUUUGUAAUGAAAGAGUCUUUUGAAACAGGAUUUUUUUAAUGGAGGCAUUCUGUAUCAAUGGCAUAUAUUGAUUUUUAACUAGGAGAUAUCUUUAUGGUUUAAUUUUUGCAGAAAUUUUGGAGAGAGUGGGUACAUACUGAUGCUAAAAGAAGUUUUAUUCACUGCUAAUAUUUGCUAAAUGUGUCAAACUUAAGAACAGCAAAUAAUAAUGUGAAUGGUAAGAAUGCAUUUAGCAUGUUACUUGAAAGCUGCAGUAUGUUAGAGUUUGCUGUUUUGUUUUGGUGCAGACCAUUUAUUAUCAGUAAUAAUACUUACUAUUAACUGCAUUAUCUUUAAUGUUCCUCCUGUAGAAUUUGUGGGAUUUCUUUCCAGGGUCUGUUUGAUAACCAGAGCAUCCACUGGCAUCAGUUAUGAGAAGCAAGUCCUCCUGUUUAGUUAGUUAUCCUUAAGGUGGGUAUUAACAUAAAAAAGCAAAAGACAUUGAGGAGCCACUGAGAAUACAGUGAGUCUGGGACAACAGAACUCUGUUCCACUUCCUGCACUUCUGCUGGGGAUCAUAGGAAGUGGAAUAAGGGGUUAAGAAGCUGAAAAUUCUGAACAGGUGUCACGGCUUAGCGGAGGCUUGGUGGUGGCGUAAAACAUUGGAAAUUCGUAACAGAGCCUCCUCAGAGAGGAAAGAUCCACAUACGCCCACCACAUUUACAUUUAGAUUGUACAUUCUAAGGAUGUGAAGCUUUUAGUCAGCUGAAGAAUGUUUCAGUUUUUAGCAAACAUUAACAAUCUGUGUGCAAAAAUAUGAACUUCAGGAGUUUGGACAAAGUGUGCUGGGAGUUUAGAAGCACUGUUA